GCUCGUGUCACGUGUAGAGGGUGUCACAGUCGCGCCGUUCGAAAUUCGAAUACGCUGCGAUUUAUCGGAAUACACGUUGCAUUUUAAAUUUAGAACGAUUGUUGAUUCGAUUAAAAUGUGGAAAUUAAAUUCGAACGUCGAACAAACGAUUCCGUUUGAUGAGUUACUGAUAUGAAUUAUUGAAUUGACAAAAAUACCGGAAUUUGUGCCGAUUUUUGGGAAGGUGUUGAUUUGAACGAAGUGUUGGAAGUGAUUUGAGAUUUGAGUGCCUCGUUACUGUGGUGUUAAGUGUAUCGUAAAAAACUUUGAAACAUUUUAGAUAUUUGGAUAUUUUUGAACCUGACAUAUUUAAUUGAUAUAGAAGCUGGUCAAAAGAAAAUUCUGAUAAAUAUGUAGAAAUGUACCGACACCCCACAAACGACGCCAAUGUGAGCCGGACCCAGUGCAGUGUAGUGUAGUGCGUAGUUAUGUUAACGUGAGGCCAUGGUGAGGCCACUGUGGGCCCGCGCUCUGGCCUGGCUGGCUACCCUCGUGGCGCUCGGAGGGUCGGCCUACACGGACACGGAGGACUUCCUCAGCGACCUCGAUAAACCAGUGCCAACAUCGGACGUCCAAGGCGUGCUGGGGAAAAAGGCAUCUCUACCGUGCGACAUCCAGCCGCUUCACUCCGACGACGCGGUUGUCAUGGUGCUGUGGUUCAAGGAGUCGGAUGGGGAGCCGUUGUACAGCUACGACAUCCGAGGGCGAUCCUACAACCAGCCGAAGUUGUGGUCUUCCCCGCUGGUGUUCGGCAACCGAGCGUACUUCCGAGGCGGCGCGACGCCCGCCGUGCUCAUGAUCGACAACGUGGUCGCCGCCGACGCCGGCGUCUACCGCUGCAGGGUCGACUUCAAAAACUCGCCGACUAGGAACCUGAAAGUUAAUUUUAGUGUAAUUAUACCACCAAAUAGACCUACGAUAUACGACGCGAAACGAAGAGACAGAACGAAACUGGUGGAGCCAUACAACGAGGGUGUUGAUGUUGUCCUUAUUUGUGAGGUGGAAGGAGGUCGGCCACGGCCCCGAGUCACGUGGUAUUUGGAGAACGUGGUCAUAGAUGACUCGUACGAGCAGAGAGCCGAUGGGAUCACAGUCAACACCCUCACCUUCCCUAACGUCGGGAGGCAGCAUCUCAAUGCGAGACUCGUCUGUCAAGCGUCAAACACCAACCUCGCCCCACCUGAAACCAAAGUUUUAAUCUUAGAUAUUAAUUUGAAACCGAUAACAGUGAACAUAUUGACCAAAGAAAAGCAAGUAUCAGCUGACAAAAGGUAUGAAAUCGAGUGUAAGACGACCGGCUCUCGACCUGAAGCAUCUGUCACUUGGUGGAAAAAUAACAGGCAGCUCAAGCGAAUGGCGAAAAAUUUCUCUGAAAACAACGAAACGCUGAGCGUACUCAGUCUCGUGCCGGGAGUGGAGGACGACGGAAAAUAUUUGACGUGCCAAGCUGAGAAUAAGCACAUACCUGAUUCAACUAUUGAAGACAAAUGGAGGCUAAAUGUACACUAUGUGCCAGUAGUUGAUUUGAAAAUGGGCUCCAAUUUGAAUCCAGACGAAAUAAAAGAGGGGGAUGACGUGUAUUUUGAAUGUACCGUGAAGGCUAAUCCCAAAACACACAGGCUGGUUUGGUUUCAUGAUAACACUGAAAUAUUUCACAAUGAAGCAGCAGGAGUGAUAUUGAGUGCACAGAGUCUUGUCCUUCAAAGUGUGACGAGGGCAGCAGCUGGGGACUACACUUGUAUGGCGGCGAACAGUGAAGGAAAAGGAACAAGCAACCCGGUGUCACUGCUAGUCCGAUACGCUCCAGUAUGCGCUGAGCGGCGGGACAGCGAACUCUUUGGUGCCCUCAAACAUGAAACCGUCUCUCUCCACUGCUCUGUUGAUGCCAAUCCAGCACUCGUCUCCUUCCACUGGACCUUCAAUAACUCGGGAGAACAAACUGAAAUACCUCCUAGAUUAUACAGCAGCUACGGACAUACAUCGACUUUGAACUAUACACCGACUACUGACAUGGAGUAUGGAACUUUAGCUUGCUACGGCGAAAAUGCUGUGGGACAGCAAAAAGUGCCGUGCCUCUUCCAGUUAGUGGCCGCCGGUCGUCCUUUCCACCUACAGAACUGUACAGUUGCGAAUCAGAGUUUGGACGCGUUAUAUGUAGAGUGCGUUGAGAACUUCGACGGUGGUCUUCCCCAGACUUUCCUUAUGGAGUUAUUGGAGCUUCCAUCUUUAACUGUCCGAUACAAUGUGUCGACGAACAGAACGCCACCAUAUUUUGAGAUCCGGGGGCUACCACCUGGUGUCAGCUAUAGGAUCGACCUGUACGCUGUCAAUGCCAAAGGCCGCAGUGACGUGUCUACUAUCGAGACAGUUACGUUGAGGGGUCAAGCUAAAUAUACUGGUGAAAGCAAUUCGCUGACAAUGUCUCCGAUGUUGGCAUGUGUAGCUGCUACUUCAGCACUCUUAGCUGCUGCCGUGUGUGGGGUCUUAGCGGUUUUGUACAGGAGACACGCUGCAAGACAUCGACACCUACCCAACAAACAUGCACCUUUAAGUGAAGCCAUGUACGCCGAUCGGGCGCCGGCCUGUAGCACUCCGGUGAAGACGGAGGCGCGGGCAGCGCCGGAACCUGACCCAGCAGACGAUGCGGAUCCGGAUAUCAUACCAAAUCUAUACGAGAGGAGACCUGUGUCCAACGGGUACAUGAGCCUGCAGAGGCCGCCGCCCAACAGUAAAAACGAAGAUGCGCGCUCCGAGCCUGACGGCGGCGGAUACUACACCGAGUUUCGGAAGAAGGACUACAGAAUACCCUUAACUAGUUCAUAUCACAGUCUGGGCCGCGUCAACAAGGGGGUGACAGCGUGCACCGUGGGGACAGGUGUGACGUCAUCGCUCACGGCGCACCGCCUGCGCCCCGAGGUCGUGACCACAUCGCACCGCGUGCAGGAGAGCUGUAUAUAAACGUAGAUGUAAAGGAUUUGCACUGUUUAUAUGGAACAGUUGGGCUGCAUAGGCUAACUGGGUUAUUAGCAG